AUAGAAUUAUUAUAGCUAUUCGAUCUUUAAAAUUAGAAUAUAUAGUUUGGCCUUCUGGAAAUUAUAAAAAAGAAGUUAAUACUGGAUUUGAACAAAUUCAAGGAUUUCUAGUGGUUAUUGGAGCAAUUGAUGAAUCACAUAUUCCUUUAUUUGAAGCACCUAGCAAAGAAAAUAAGGAUCCUGCAUCAGUUCAUGAUGCAAAAGUUUUCACAAAUUCGGAAAUUUUUAAAAAUUAUAAAAAUUAUUUUAAAGAAGAAAAUUAUUUGCUAGCUGAUUCAGCAUAUCCUUUACUUCCAUGGAUUAUGACACCAUUUAAAGAUCCACAAGGCUCACAAGCUCAACAACAAAAAACUUAUAAUACAGCGCAUAGUAAAACAAGAGUAGUUGUAGAACAAGCUUUUGGCCACUUAAAAGUUCAAUUUCCUUUUUUAAAAGAAAUGAGAGCAAAGGAUACAAAAAAAGCAACUAAUAUUAUUGAUAUGGCAAUAAUUUUACAUAAUUUUGUUGAAAAACAUAAUGAUAUUUGGAAAAAAAAUAAUCCAAAAGAUGAUGAAAUAGAAUUAGAAGCAGAAGAAGAUAAUGAAUUAAUUGAUCAAAUAAUAGAAAAUAAUAAAACAAAUAGAGUAGAAAGAGAAUAUGCUAAA